CAUAAGACACGACCUUCCAAGAACAGCAGACCAUCGAUAUAGUUGGAUACCCUUUGGCCAUAUAUGACGCCCGAAUCCGUAUCAUGUCUUCUUCGUCCUACACAAAUCAACCACCAAAACGUUCUAGAAAAGGAUCAUCUGCCAGAGUAGACAGAAUCCGGCAUCUCAAAUGCUGACACCCAUCCCACUUGCCUUGUGAGACAUUGGCGGUCAUGUACGGGCGCGUGAGCCACACCAAGGUGCAUGGCCACCGACGUGACUGUCCACCGAAUUGCUAUGAUGCCUAGUGUUUUCAGAAGACAGAGACUCAUUAACAACUCACCGUAGUGUCGGCUUGUGUCAUGACUGCCACUCAAUAACCCACGCAUCUUCUACCACGGAUAUAACCAUUUCAACAUUCAUCGUUAUAGAGUACUGACUAUCAUCCGUCUUCCUCCCCCGAUGACUUCACGGACCGAACGCGGGAAAAGGCCGGUUGAUACAGGUGCACCGGAGAGACCAGUCGGACGAAGCAACUCUACUCAAGAACGCGCUUCUCGUGGAUAUGAACGAGACGCAAAUGCGCCCUUGCGCCGGCUUCGCCUUCAUCAGAAAUGCCUAUAUGAGCGUACCCUUCCGGGGAAUGCGUUCAUUUCGGCACACGUGAAUCGCCUACAACGUGGCUACUAUCGGAGUGACUUGCUUCACGAGCCCGCACUGGAUGACGUCUACUUCGUCUCCGUUCAUUUCGUCUUCCACGCUCACGACCAUCGAUCUCAUCGCAUCCGUUCUGCGGUCAUCCGCGUUGGCGUCCAUGCCAAUCCGGACACAGAUGUUGGCAAAACUGGAAUCCCCCGUCAUAGCUCUAGGCCAGCUUCAAACCAUCCAAGGAUCCUGGGUCACGCACCUGAGCUCAUGUAUGGAGCCAUAUCUCCAGAAGAUCUGCAAUGGAACUUCAGCCUGUCCAGUUCACUAGGCAUCUCCCAAGCACCCAUAGCAGCAACCUUGAAUCCAUCCGGUGGUUUGCAGAGUAAUUACAAGAUCUAUGAUAUGAUGAGCAUCCAGGGUUCACUCCGAUCGUUGCAAAGCCCACUAGGCCCCGAUUUUGAUGUCGAGGAUGCAAUGGCAGUGUGGACUUUAGAAGAGAACCUCCUCCAGCGAUCUGGAUUGCCUCGUGAAUUCGACUUUGUGCUUCUCGUUCAUAAACCAAGCUCAGUGAGAGACGUAUAUCUCUCCGUGGAUGUGGACCCGAAGAUCGAAGGGUGGUUUGGCGAUUUCCCUCAGUGGUACCAGAACCUACCCAAAUUCAUGCCCACCCAGGACCGUGCGAUAAGUUUCAGGACCGAUAUUGGCCAAAAGUUUUCUCCGAUUCAUUCGCGUCGAGGCUUCAACUUUGCAGAUCUGCCACGCCCGCUGGAAGAGUAUGUUGCUAUGCCAGGGACCACCUAUCCGACUAAUGCAAUCUCGAGUCCGAACAGACCAGGCACCCGGGAUCCCGACCCUUUAGACGAGCUUUGGCCGGGUCACGAUCCUCCAGAUAGAGCUCGGGAUCCAAUUCGGUGGCCAGACGGCCACAAUAGAGGCUGCCGAAGGGAUUGCAUGCAUUAUACCAACGCGAACAGUCAAAUUGUGAUACCAGAAGCAGCCAAUGUGCGAGUGGUGUAUGAGAAUCCCCCUUUCGCGGCAUGGACGCGAAUAGAUCGGCAUUUGAGUCCUAUACCUAACGAGGGUGAUGCGAGAAAUGGUACCUUACGUCGAAGACAAAGACGAUAUGAGUUGAAGGACGAAGUUCGUGGGUUUCGGGCGGUAGAUAUUGGGCGCAAUCCAUUGAGUGAGCGAUAACUUCGAUUAGAUGCCUGUUGGUAAGAAUUAAAACUGAGCAAGUCAACGUAACGAGAGGUCAGAAAGGUUAUCAGAGGGAUGUUUAAAGACGAGGGAAGUGUGAGCCAGAAGUGUCUUGCUUGGUAUAGAGCCGUAUAAAAUAACCUCGUCCUUUAUCUUUCGUAGAGUAUAUAUUCGAUAUCCUAACGAUAAUGAUACUAAAUAAAGUACCUAUCAUCAUUCACGGUACGUAGAACCGUGUAUACGUUUCUAAUAUCAACGGUAUUAAAGACACAUGACGAGGGUUGACACGACCGACGUACACGACAGGCAGAUGGAUCAUAACGCUUAUUUACUUUACAUGUGUCUUUCAACGGUUCAGGUUCAUGUGGGAAGAAGUGCAAGCACUCGUAGGGAUUAAAGAAACAGGUACAGGCCAAGGUGUAGUGUGGUGUCAGCG